CCCAAAUACACACACACGUGAUUCUACACUGUCGGUACUGUAUGGACUCGUUUUCCCUUACGAAAGGUGGAGAGUAUGAGAGGGGUGGGCUUCAGCGACUGCAUUUUAACCACCGAAUCACACUGAAUUAAGCCUAACUUCAUCGCGUUAGACUUCCUGAACUUUUGACCCGUCGUCGCCUGCAUCAGCAGUGUUUCACUUUGCACCCGGCGUCUCCUCCUCAGCGUGGGUUUGAACAACACUAGUGUUCGGCUGCUGAAUAUAGGCCAAAGGGCAUGAAGACAAGCGCAAUAACGGAUGAAAUGCAGCAUGAUCCAGAUUUGCAGUUUAAACUGGCUUAUUCAGAUUCAGAAAGAAAUAACACAGGCAUUAAAACCCGAGCAAGAGGCCAGUGGUCCAGUAAAGUGGAGUUUAUCUUAGCUGUUGCUGGCCAAAUCAUUGGUUUGGGAAAUGUGUGGAGAUUUCCAUAUCUGUGCUACAAGAAUGGAGGAGGAGUGUUUUUCAUUCCAUAUGUGGUCUUUCUGUUUGCCUGCGGCAUUCCUCUUUUUCUUAUGGAGACUGCUUUGGGUCAGUACACCAGCCAAGGGUCUGUCACCUGUUGGAGGAAGAUCUGCCCACUAUUUGAAGGUCUGGGUUAUGGGAGUCAGGUGGUCGUCCUCUAUUCCAGUGCCUACUACAUCAUCAUUCUGGCCUGGGCUUUCUUCUAUCUCUUCUCUUCUUUUAGUGCUGAACUACCGUGGGCUAGCUGCAGGAACUGGUGGAAUACAGAGAACUGUGUUGAGUUUGACCAAAUGGGAGGGACAAGAAACCUGAGCUUUAUGGAGAAUGCAUCAUCACCUGUUAAAGAAUUUUGGGAGAGACGAGUAUUGAAUAUAACUGGAAGUAUGAAUGAGCUGGGCAGUUUGAGAUGGGAGCUGGCUCUGUGUCUUCUACUGUCCUGGAUUAUUUGCUACUUCUGUGUGUGGAAGGGAGUGAAGUCCACAGGCAAGGUUGUAUAUUUCACUGCUACAUUUCCAUAUGUUAUGCUACUGGUGCUUCUGAUACGAGGUAUUACGCUGCCUGGAGCCAUCGAUGGCAUCAACUUCUACCUCUACCCAAACCCAGCACGCCUUGCAGACCCACAGGUAUGGAUGGAUGCUGGAACACAAAUAUUUUACUCCUACGUUCUCUGCAUUGGGUGCCUUACAGCUUUGGGAAGCUACAAUAAAUACAACAACAACUGCUACAAAGAUUGUGUUUACCUCUGCCUGCUAAACAGUGGAACCAGCUUUGUAGCUGGCUUCGCCAUCUUUUCAGUUUUGGGCUUCAUGGCCUUUGAACAGGGGGUCGAUAUCUCAAUGGUAGCAGAGUCAGGUCCUGGUUUGGCCUUCAUUGCAUAUCCACGAGCUGUAGCUAUGAUGCCUCUGUCUCAGCUGUGGUCCAUAUGUUUCUUCCUCAUGAUUAUUCUGCUGGGGCUUGACAGUGAGUUUGUGUCUUUAGAGUCUCUCAUGACCGCCAUAACAGACAUGAAUUCCAACUUCUUCCUCCAAGGACACCGUCGUAAACUCUUCCUCCUCCUCAUUUGUGUGGGCUGCUUUCUCAUUGGCCUCCUGAUGGUAACAGAGGGUGGCCUGUAUAUCUUCCAGUUAUUCGAUUACUAUUCCUGCAGUGGAAUGACCCUCCUCAUUUUUGCCAUUGCACAGUCAAUAUGUAUUGGCUGGUUUUAUGGUGCUGAUCGUCUGUAUGACAAUAUUGUUGACAUGAUCGGUUAUCGUCCUUUGACAUUAAUGAAGUACUGCUGGAAAUAUAUCACUCCUAUUGUGUGUAUAGGCACAUUUGUCUUCUCUUUGGUCAAAUUUACUCCUCUAAAGUUUAACAACACAUCUGAAUACCCGUGGUGGGGUUAUGCGGUUGGCUGCUGGUUCACCCUCUCCUCAACAUUGAUGGUUCCCUUAUGGAUGAUCUAUGUUGUCCUCAUCACUCCUGGUACAUUGAAACAGAGACUGCGUAUCCUUUGCACUCCAGCAAGUGAUCUACCUUUGACAUCAGAAAGACCAAAAGAAACCCUGUGACAAAAAAUUAUUAUCACGAGGCAGUGGACCAGCCCCAUUUUGGAUGGACCAAUGCUCAUUACAGUUGGUAUAUGAUUAGAAAAUGUUGGAUAAUGUGUUAUUUUCAGUAAGAAAGAUUAACCAGAGCAGCUCGCUUUGACAGACUUUGUGCCUUGUAAAAGAAGGACAAGGCACGUUUGGUUCAUUUCAAUCAAAUGUUAGGGUGUAACAGUAUUUUUUUUUUUCUUUAGGUUUCUAUGGGUCAGUCAUGCAACACUUUGCUGUUUUGUGCCUAUAGUCAAGAGCUGGUGUUUUGAGAAAGUGUUACAGAAAGUAAAUCAUGUUGGGGGUUUUGUAUUACAAAUAUGAUAACAUUUAUAGUAGAUUCAAGAAAAUUGAUUAACCAAGAAAAUCCAUAUUUUGGAACUUAAAUCUGCUUAGAUGUGCAGUCAAUAUUCUAUAGUCUACCAUCUAUAUUUUAAGUAAAAAUGCUUAAUUUAAGGUAACAUCUAUAGGUCAUUCAAGCAUAUGUAAAUUUUUAUAAGUGAUGCACUAGAAAGUUCAGUGGUUAAUAUUUUAAUAAAUGCUCCAUUAAAAUCAAGAGUCAAAUUAUUGAAAAUGAUUGCUCGUUGAAAUGGGUUGGUGACCGCAGCUUGUUUUUACUUUAAAGAUUUUUCUGAAGCAUCCAAGCAAAUAUUAAAUGGCUAGGUGAAAGAUGAAAGCAGGGUUAAAAUUGUUAGAGAAUGAGGUUAGACACGAUUGCGGUCAGGCAUGACAGACUGUGUAUACAGACUGUAUAUAUACUGUACUGCUGUUUUACUGAGGUAUGGUUAAUGUGAUUUAUUAAUGUUAAUAAUUAACAGUGUAGUUGAUACAAUAACAGUCAAUGAAAAUUCUACAUUUGAACUGCCACUUAAUUUGCAUGACCACAGGAGAUUAAAGUUGUAUGCAGUUUAAGGGGGAAAAAAAUGAAAGUUUUUAAAGUAAGUUUGUUUAUUAUUCUCAAGAAUGAGAAGCCAGUGAUGAUGCUUUUCUUUAGACUACAACUGGGUUGAAGGCUAAAGGCCUCCAUACAAAAAAAAACUACCUUUCUAAUCUUUUUGUAUUCUAUUUUCUUUACAUUUUAUUAUAAAAUUAUAAAAAAUAACUCUAACUUGCUCUAUUCUUUUUCUAUGCUAUCUGUUUUCUUUUUAUUUAUUAUAUUAUUUAAAAGCCCUUGCUACAAGUACUGCGUUUAAGCUAACUGAGACUUGUUAUAGCACUUAUAUAUCAUUGAUCUUUUGUUGUUUUUUGAUUGCUUCCAUUGUCCUCAUUUGUAAGUCGCUUUGGAUAAAAGCGUCUGCUAAAAUGACUAAAUGUGAAUGUACACACUCUGGCCAAAAAGGCCACUAAAACGCUGGCAGAGGAUGAAAAAGCAGAAUGUCUGCACUGCUUAACACUGUGUUCCGGGGAAUAGAAGGGAAUGGAUUUCUUGUGAUGUGAAUUUAUAAAGUGGGCCACUUACAAUGUAGAUUAAUUAGUCAAUUAUGCCUGUACAAAUUUUGUACACAGUUUGGUUUCUAAAGCAGUUAAUUUUAAGAGUAAUGAAAUGCCAAAGUGAUUUAAUAAACAAAAAGUUUCUACACUA